GCGAAGGUUGCAGUGAGUUGAGAUCGGGCCACUGCACUGUAGUCCAGGCGACAGAGUGAGGCUCCAUCUCAAAAAGAAAAAAAAAGAAAUGCACUUUCUCGGGUCUCACCCAGACCUACUGAUUCAGAACUGCAUUUAUCCCCAUGUGAUUCCUAUACAUGCCAAAGUUGGAUCACUAUUGAGAACUUCUUUGUUACUUAGUAUUCAUAUCUGUUUUUAUAAAUCUACAAAAAGAAUUAUGAGCAUUAAAUAGUAUAUUUAAGUGGUCAGAACAAUACUAGCAGGUAAUAAGAACUCAAUAAAUGUUAACUUAUUAUUUUCUUAACAAACUCACAAACCCUUUUUGAUGGGUUGCUUCAGCUCCUCUGGCUGCUGCUUCAGUUCUUAUCUGUUGCUUCAGGUCUUAUUCCAUGGAAGGUUACUUACAUUCUCUUUUGCUUUUCAACCCUUCAAUACUAUACUAGCCUUUUGUCGUUUUACUUUCUUGCUAUGGGCCAUAUAGUACUCUCUUCAGACUGCUUUCUCUCCCCGCAGAAUCAUAAAACUGGAAGGGACCUUAGAGACUCACUACACAUCUUCAGCAGAUGUCCCAGACAGAUUGAAAAAGGCUGAAGCAGGAAAGAUUUAGUGUAGACAUUUUAAAUCCAAAGGAUGUGAUCAGUGUUCAACUGGAAGACACUACCUCAUGCAAAACUUUUUGCAGCCUAUCUUGUCUUUCAUCAUAUGAAGAAAAAAGAAAACCAUUUGUUACCAUAUGUACUAAUAGCAUUAUGACCAAGUGCAGCAUGUGCCAGAAGACUGCUACUAUUCAGUAUGAAGUAAAAUACCAGAAUGUGAAACAUAAUCUUUGCAGUAAUGCCUGCCUUUCAAAGUUUCACUCUGCUAACAACUUCAUCAUGAACUGCUGUGAGAACUGUGGCACUUAUUGUUACACCAGCUCUAGUCUGUCUCACAUACUUCAGAUGGAAGGACAGUCUCAUUACUUUAAUAGUUCAAAGAGCAUUACAGCAUAUAAGCAGAAACCUGCCAAACCACUUAUAUCUGUUCCUUGCAAACCAUUGAAGCCCUCAGAUGAAAUGAUUGAGACUACCAGUGAUUUGGGGAAGACAGAGCUUUUCUGCUCUAUUAAUUGUUUCUCUGCAUACAGUAAAGCUAAGAUGGAAUCUUCUUCAGUAAAUGUUGUUUCCGUGGUGCACGAUACUUCAACAGAGCUUCUCUCUCCAAAGAAAGAUACAACUCCAGUUAUAAGCAAUAUAGUGUCAUUGGCAGACACCGAUGUUGCCUUGCCCAUCAUGAACACUGAUGUCUUACAAGAUACAGUUUCUUCAGUAACAGCAACAGCAGAUGUCAUUGUGGAGCUUUCUAAGAGUUCACCUAGUGAACCCAGUAGUGCUAUUGCAAGUAGUAGUAUGGAACAGCCAAGCCUUUCACCAUCUUCAUCAGUAUUCAGUCAGCAUGCAAUUGGUUCCAGUAUAGAAGUACAAAAAGACAAUAUGAAAUCUAUGAAAAUAAGUGAUGAACUAUGUCACCCAAAAUGUACAUCCAAAGUACAAAAAGUUAAAGGUAAAUCAAGAAGUAUUAAAAAAUCUUGUUGUGCAGAUUUUCAGUGUUUGGAAAACAGUAAAAAAGAUGUGGCAUUCUGUUAUUCAUGCCAGUUGUUCUGCCAAAAAUAUUUUAGCUGUGGAAGAGAGUCAUUUGCAACCCAUGGAACCUCUAAUUGGAAAAAAACUCUGGAAAAAUUCAGCAAGCAUGAAAAAAGUGAAAUGCAUUUGAAGUCACUGGAAUUUUGGAGAGAAUACCAAUUUUGUGAUGGAGCUGUCAGUGAUGAUUUAUCUAUUCAUUCGAAACAGAUUGAGGGAAAUAAAAAGUACCUAAAGCUUAUAAUUGAAAAUAUUUUAUUUCUUGGAAAGCAGUGUUUACCCUUAAGAGGAAACGACCAGUCAGUUUCAUCUGCGAAUAAAGGCAAUUUUUUAGAAUUGUUAGAAAUGAGAGCAAAAGAUAAAGGAGAAGAAACAUUUCGACUCAUGAAUUCACAAGUUGACUUCUAUAACAGUACACAAAUUCAAAGUGAUAUUAUUGAAAUAAUAAAGACUGAAAUGUUGCAGGAUAUUGUGAAUGAGAUCAAUGACUCCUCAGCGUUUUCAAUAAUAUGUGAUGAGACAACCAAUAGUGCCAUGAAAGAACAGCUUUCAAUUUGUGUAAGAUACCCACAAAAAUCAUCAAAGGCUAUCUUAAUUAAGGAAAGAUUCUUGGGUUUUGUUGAUACUGAGGAGAUGACUGGGACCCACUUACAUAGCACCAUCAAAACUUAUCUGCAGCAAAUUGGAGUUGAUAUGGAUAAAAUACAUGGCCAGGCCUAUGAUAGCACCACUAAUUUGAGAAUAAAAUUUAAUAAAGUAGCAGCAGAAUUCAAGAAAGAAGAACCAAGAGCUUUAUACAUACAUUGUUAUGCACACUUUUUGGAUUUAUCAAUAAUUAGGUUUUGUAAAGAAGUAAAAGAACUCCGAAGUGCUCUAAAAACUCUCAGUUCUUUGUUCAACACUAUUUGUAUGUCUGGGGAAAUGUUGGCAAAUUUUCAAAACAUUUGUAGGCUAAGUCAAAACAAAACAUGCAAGAAACAUAUAUCACAAUCAUGUUGGACAGUCCAUGAUCGUACAUUACUAUCUGUGAUUGACACUCUUCCAGAGAUUAUUGAAACACUGGAAGUUAUAGCAAGCCAUUCUUCAAAUACAAGUUUCGCUGAUGAAUUGAGUCAUUUGCUGACAUUGGUUUCCAAGUUUGAAUUUGUCUUUUGUUUGAAAUUUCUGUAUCGAGUGCUGAGUGUUACAGGAAUUCUUUCCAAAGAGCUUCAAAAUAAAACCAUAGACAUUUUUUCUUUGUCUUCAAAAAUAGAAGCAAUUUUGGAAUGUUUAUCAUCUGAAAGAAAUGAUGUAUACUUUAAAACAAUCUGGGAUGGAGCAGAGGAAAUAUGUCAAAAAAUAACCUGUAAAGGUUUUAAAAUUGAAAAACCUUCUCUUCAGAAAAGAAGAAAAAUUCAGAAAUCAGUAGAUCUUGGCAGUUCAGAUAAUACGUUUUUUCCUACUUCAACAGAAGAACAAUAUAAAAUUAAUAUCUAUUAUCAAGGAUUAGAUACUGUAUUACAAAAUUUAAAGUUAUGUUUUUCAGAGUUUGAUUAUUGCAAAAUAAAGGAAAUUUCAGAACUGUUAUUUAAAUGGAAUGAGCCAUUAAAUGAAUCAACAGCAAAACAUGUUCAGGAAUUUUAUAAACUUGAUGAGGACAUUAUCCCAGAACUUAGAUUUUAUCGACAUUAUGCAAAGCUCAACUUUGUCAUAGAUGAUAAUUGCAUAAACUUCGUCAGUCUCGGCUGUUUGUUUAUUCAGCAUGGUCUUCACAGUAAUAUUCCUUGUCUCUCAAAGCUAUUAUAUAUUGCUUUGUCUUGGCCAAUUACUUCAGCAAGUACUGAGAAUUCAUUUUCUACCUUGCCUCGUCUUAAGACAUAUUUAUGUAAUACCUUGGGACAAGAGAAGCUUACUGGCCCAGCCCUAAUGGCUGUUGAGCAGGAGUUGGUAAAUAAACUAAUGGAGCCUGAAAGACUCAAUGAAAUUGUGGAAAAGUUUAUCAGUCAGAUGAAAGAAAUAUAAUACUUGUUCAUUUGAACUUACCUAAAAGACUUGUAUAUCCGUUGGAAUGUUUUUAUUUCAAAAUUGUUCAAAAUUCAAAAGACACAGAAUGAUACACAGUGAAGUUUUCUUCCCUCCUUUAGAACUCAUUUUCUCUUCCCAGAAAGUGUUAUCUUUUCCUUAAAUAUCCCUCUAGAGAUAUUUUUCCUAAGUGGUAUUGCACAGUGUAUACUGUUCUUUAGCAUGUCUUCUCUGUAUAACAUAUUUUUGAGAUUGUCCCAUGUCGUUACAUGAAGAGUUUCUUGAUUCUUGGUCUAUAACUGCAGAUGUUAUUGUAUGAAUGUACCAUAAUAUAUUUGAGCAGUCCCUGCUGACAGACAUGUUUUUUCCUAACCUUUUGCUAUUAUAAAUAAUGAUUCAUUUUUUAACCUUUUAUAUAGGUCAUAUUGCACUUGAGUGAGUUACUGUAAGCUGGAAAUCUAAAGUUAGAAUUACUAGGUUAAGAUAUGUGCAUUUUUACUUUUGAUAGAUAUUGGCAAGUUGCCAUCUAUAAGGAUUAUGCCAAUUUACAGUCCCACCCACAAUGCAUGAGAGUGCCUAUUAAAUCUUUGUGUUAUCAAA